CAUGGAAAGUUUAUGCCAAUGGUGGUGGUGGUCCUGCAGCUCUCACAUCUUCCUGACAAUUUCCAUUUCCAAAUCUACAUCUCACUAUUUAUUUGUUAGCGUUUCUUCAUAGGGGGAUGAGUACAUAAGAAAUUAUUGUUUUCUUCUUCUUUUGAUAUAAGCCUCCUCAAAUGGCUAUGGCAGCUUCUUUAGCUAGCCUUUUGAUAUUACGUUUCUGUAUUGUUCCUCUUUUUGUUCAAGCCAAUUCAUUUGUCUACCCUGGAUUCAAUGAUUCAGAUCUGGUCCUUAAUGAAGGAGCUUCAAUUGUAAAGCCUUCUGGCUUAUUGAUGCUAACUAACAGCUCGCCGUUCGUUAUGGGGCGUGCUUUCUUUCCUAAGGCCGUCCAGAUGUUUGAUAAUAGUUCUGAACCAAUUUCGGAAGUUUCCUCUUUCAGCACAACUUUUGUGUUUGCAAUAGUUCCAUCAAGCUCCGGUGCACCAGUUGGGCAUGGCCUCGCCUUUGUUAUGGCUCCAUCGACCCAAUUUCCAGGUGCUCAAAGUGAACAUUACUUGGGAUUGUUCAACACCUCCAACAAUGGCGACCCUUCGAAUCAUAUUCUCGUGGUCGAAUUCGAUACGGUUAAUGGGCACGACGACCCUAAAAAUUCGGAUGGAAACCAUGUCGGAAUCAACAAGAAUGGUGUGCGCUCAAAUGCAUCAGAAUCGGCUGAAUAUUCCAACUCUGGCUCUGAUGUGAAGCCUGAGGUGAAUAUGGGUAGUGGUGAUCCAAUCCGAGCUUGGAUUGAAUAUGAUCGUCUUAGAAAGCGUAUGAAUGUUACAAUAGCUCCCGCAAAUGUGAAGAAACCAAAUGAGACAUUGUUUUCACAUCCCAUAAACUUGACUGGAGUUGUAAAAGAGAGAAUGUUUGUUGGCUUCUCUGCGUCAACGGGCCAAGAAACAAGCUUCCACUACAUUUUAGGAUGGAGUUUUGCAGUUAAUGAACCAGCACCUGAGUUAAAUGUUUCUCAACUUUCGGUACCACCGAUAGUUAACAGUUCACCGUCGUCGACAUUCAAUCCUCUAGUCACUGUUCUGUUACCUAUAUUAUCUGCUACGUCAUUUAUGGGAAUUUUGAUUUUAUUUGCCAUAUUCAGAAGAAGAUUACAAAGGGAGAGCCUUGAAGAAUGGGAAAGAGAUUGUCCUCACAGAUUUAGUUAUUCAGAUCUCUAUAAAGCAACAAGAGGAUUUAGAGACUCAGAGUUAGUUGGAUCAGGAGGCUUUGGCUCAGUAUACAGAGGCGUCUUACUUUCCACCGGAAGUGAAGUUGCUGUAAAGAAAAUAACAAGAAAUUCGAGUCAGGGAAUGCGGGAGUUCGCUGCCGAGAUCGAAAGCUUGGGACGACUAAGACAUAAGAACUUGGUAAAUCUCCAAGGAUGGUGCAAGAAACAGAAUGACCUCCUCUUGGUUUAUGACUAUGUUCCAAAUGGGAGCUUGGAUUCUCUCCUUUACCAUCCAAAGGACAACUCUGUACUGAAUUGGGAACAAAGAAUCAACAUCGUCGAGGGUAUUGCUGCUGGACUGUUGUAUCUACACGAAGAAUGGGAGCGCGUAGUUAUUCAUCGAGAUGUUAAGCCAAGCAAUGUCUUGAUAGAUAUUGACAUGCAUGCUCGACUAAGCGACUUCGGUCUCGCUAGGCUAUACGACCAUGACCAAAUUUCGCAUACAACUAGUGUCGUCGGCACGAUUGGCUACAUCUCCCCCGAGUUGGCUCGCAUGGGAAAAGCAUCUAAAACUACAGAUGUGUUUGCCUAUGGAGUCUUACUCCUUGAGGUGGCCUGUGGAAGAAGACCUCUAGAGUCAGAUCUGUUCAUAUUGGUGGAUUGGGUAAUGGAAUGCCAUGAAAGAGGUCAAAUUCUUGAAGCAGCUGAUCCAAAGUUGAAUUCAGUUUAUGAUGUGGUUGAAAUGGAGAUGGUGUUGCAGCUUGGGCUACUUUGUUCCCAUCAUAGCCCUGAAGCUAGGCCAAGCAUGAGGCAAGUCACAAGAUAUCUUAAUGGAGAAGACCAAAUUCUUUCCAUUGAUCCUUCAACUUACUCUCAAGUUACCUUCCAAUCUAACUCAGGAUUCACUCAAUUUAUCCCACCUUCUUUGCAAUCUUCAUCCACUAGUUUCAUCUCUUCAACUUCAAUAGAUGUAGGUAGAUAAACAAUUUACUUAUUUUAUUUACUUUCUCUGAUUAUGAGUUGAUGAAUGUACACCCCGGGGCAAACUCUCUGAGUGGGGACAUCAUAAUUUAUAUCGUAGCAUAAGAAUAUUUUUCUUUUUAUAUAUAAAUGUACACCCGUCGUUUUAAAAAUUA